AGUUAUUUUUUUCAAGGUUAAAAUUCUGCACAUUCUCAGCUUCUCCAGUGUCAGGAUGUGGCACUUUGCCCUUGUCACAUGUGAUAAUAAGCUGAAUAUAUUUGAUUUUUUGGACUGUUGGACGAGAUUAAACAACAAUUUUCAAGUUGUUUUCAGCUGCUGCACCCAAGAUCCUUAAAAACAGACAAUAAACUUGUAUUAUUAUUUGAUGCGGAACAUGUGAAUGGUUGGUUGGUUAUAAUGCACUUGUCGGUGUCAGCAUUCUCCCAGCAGACUGACCCGACUACCAGUGAUGUCUCUGAGCAUUCAAACUGUGCUUGAAGGUGAAUCCCUCUGUUGGUUAAUCAGGGAAAUUCCUUUGAAUUUUAUUGCCUCGUCUUUAGCUUUCAUUUUCUGUUUGGCAGUUCUUGAAUGUCUGAAAACCACAGUGCUGCUGUUUUUGUGAUUUGACGUCGUUACUAUAAGGGCUUCACUUCACCUUUCACAGACAUUGAUGGACCUGCUGAGCUUCUGGAAACCCAUUUUCUCUUUUCCCAGCAAAAGUUAAUUUUUUCUAGUGUUGUUCUUCUCGUUUGUUGACACAGCUGGUAAAGUAAAUAUGUAUGAGCAGAGUGCCGACGGGGGUUCGGCCAAUCUGUGACAAGGGGAGUGGGACCUCUGGAGGCUUGUUGAUGAGGUUUUUUUCUCCGAGAACAUUUAGGUUCUGAAGUUCCUGCUCUGGUUCUGAGUAAAGUCGUGAUGUGGUGCUGGAGCCCGUGGACCCAUGGACUGCUGGUCAGGACAGGCACUUGCUGGGAUGACAAGGACUAUUACUGGAAGGUCAGGAGAGCACACAGACAGAGCUCGACGCAGGAGAUCGGUGAGGAGGCUGAGGACGAUGCCAUCUUCACCAUCACGCUGAGGAAGGUGCAGCUUCACCAGUCAGCCAGUAAGGGGCAGCGAUGGCUGGGCGUGGAGACGGACUCGGCCCUUAGCCUCUAUGAGACCUGCAAGGUGCGGACCAUCAAGGCCGGCACACUGGAGAGGCUGGUGGAGUACAUGGUGUCGGCGUUCAGGGGCAAAGACUCCACCUACGUCACCAUCUUCCUCUGCACCUACCGCUCCUUUGCCACCACCAAGCAGGUGCUGGAUCUCCUGCUCAACAGGUAUGCCAGGCUCCAAAAUGUCCCUGCAGCCACAGCACACAGAUCCUCCCAGGACGACUGCACGGAGCUGAGAAACACUGUUUCAUCCAUCCUGGGUGCGUGGCUGGACCAGUACUCUGAGGACUUCUGGAGCCCUCCAAACUAUGACUGUCUGCACCAGCUUCUGUCCUACCUUCACCGCCACUUCCCCGGCUCGGACCUGGAGCGCCGUGCACGCAACCUGCUGGCGCAUUUCCACCGCCGACAGCAGUGUGAGCCUGAUCCUGAUGGGGAACACAUCGGCUGCCCUUUUGCAACACAGGAAGAGAGUGGCUUUGAGGACGAGCUUCCUGCUUUCAGUUUUCUGUCGUUUGACCCCAUCAUGGUGGCUGAGCAGUUCACACUCAUGGACGCAGAUUUGUUUAAGAAGGUGGUGCCCUACCACUGCCUGGGGGGGAUUUGGUCUCAGCGGGAUAAGAAGGGGAAGGAGCACCUUGCUCCCACCAUCAGGGCCACCGUGGCCCAGUUCAACUCUGUCACCAACUGUGUCAUCACCACCUGCCUGAGCAACCCGACGCUGAAGCCCAACCAGAGAGCCAGGCUGCUGGAGAGGUGGAUAGACGUGGCUCGGGAGUGUCGAAUCUUAAAGAACUUCUCCUCCUUGCGGGCCAUCCUCUCUGCCCUGCAGUGCAACGCCAUCCACCGCCUGAAGAGGACCUGGGAGGAAGUGUCACGAGAGAGUUUCCGCACUUUCCGCGAGCUGUCCGAGAUCUUCUCAGACGACAACAACUACUCCCUCAGCCGAGAGCUGCUGGUGAAGGAGGGCACCUCCAAAUUUGCCACUUUGGAAAUCAACCCGAAACGUGCUCAGAGGAGACAUCAGCAGCAGAGAGAUCUGGGAGUGAUGCAAGGGACGAUUCCCUAUCUGGGCACCUUCCUGACGGACCUGGUGAUGAUGGACACAGCUAUGAAGGAUUACACUGAGGGUGGUCUGAUCAACUUUGAGAAGAGAAGAAAGGAGUUUGAGGUGAUUGCUCAGAUCAAACUGCUCCAGCUGGCCUCCAACAACUACAGUUUCACUCAGGACAGCCACUUCAGAGAGUGGUUCUCAGGCGUGGAGAAACUCAGCGAAGCAGAGAGCUACAAUCUGUCCUGUGAGAUCGAGCCUCUGUCCGAGUCAGCCAGCAACACGCUCAGAGCCAAGAAGAACGGAGGAAUCAUGAAACGUUGGAGCGACCGGCAGUUGACGGAAGCCGGUUGCAGCAGCUCCGCAGGCUCUCAUUCCAAAUCCUUCGACCACUCGCACUACAGACCGUACCAAGGAGGCGGGGGCGACAGUGGCGACGCCCUCAGUGUCACCUCUGUCAGCUCCAGUGGCUCAGACCUGGAGGACGUGAAUGCCAGCUUCCUGUCCGAUUCUCCAGAGGGACAUGAGAGAAAGACAUCAACUCCUUCAGUGAAACUUACCGUCUCUGCUUUGGGGAGAGAAGCCCCAGCGUCGGAUACAACAUCAACGUUCUGGGAGUGUACGUCUCUGUCGUCUCUGGACACCUCGGGGACAGGCUCCAGCUCCGGUUCGGCCUCCGGCUCCAGCAGCGCCUCCUCCUCCUCCGUCUCCUGCUCCACCCCGCUGUCAGCCUCCCGCUCACACAAACGCUCGGUGUCCGCAGUGUCGAACUACUCGACUCUGUCGCUGCCGCUGUACAACCAACAGGUCGACGACUGCUGCAUCAUCAGGGUCAGCCUGGACGUGGAGAACGGCAACAUGUACAAGAGCAUCCUGGUGACGAGUCAAGACAAGACGCCAGCCGUCAUCAGGAAGGCCAUGAUCAAACACAACCUGGAGCGCGAGAAGACCGAGGACUACGAACUGAUGCAGAAAAUCUCUGAGGACAAAGAGCUUCGGAUCCCAGACAAUGCCAAUGUUUUUUAUGCCAUGAACUCCACUGCCAAUUAUGACUUUGUGCUGAAGAAGCGUGGCUUGGCCCGACCGGUGCGGGCCAAGAAUGUGGCCAGUUCGACGCUGCCUCGCAUGAAACAGAAGGGACUGAAAAUCGCUAAGGGGAUUUUCUGAGGAGAAACCCAUCACUUCCUGCUUCCCCUCCACCCCAUUAACCGUCUGUGGUUUCCUCUCCUCAGGAGAAACAUUUCUGUUCUGGUCUGUUGGGGCCAAACUUACCUGAAGUAUCUUGAGUUUUGGUUUGGACAAAGACUGAGGUGCCAGAGGAGAUGAGAUAAAUGACCAAGCAACCUUUCUGUAGACAAGCAGAAAGCAGAGGAGCACCUUAGCACUUACUAACCACUGUCAUGUCAUCAGGACCCUCCGAGGACGUUAAAAGGCUGAGUUUGGCACAGGAAACACUCAGAGGGAGGCUGUUUCCAUAAGGCAGACAACAAAGGGACGUGUUUGUGGGAACACACAGCUGUGUUGGUGUCUGGUCGAACUCUCUACCAGCCUCCGCUCGCUCUGAAGUUUCACGUAACUGGUUGUGUCGGCUUGCGGAAAAGCAGAUUAAUUUCAUUUCGUGGUCCAAUACUUUUUGUUUACAGCUGUUUACAUCUUAUCAUCGUUUAUCAGCGCUUAAACAUUUUUGUUCAUGAGAGGCUUUUUGCACCAAUUUUUGAAAACCCCAGACUCCCUCGGCAGCCUUUAUCCCUGCAUUUUACUCUUCAGGUUUCAUGCACGCCCUCUCCUGGCAUGGAGUGUACAUAAACGAACAAUACGAAGCCCCAGCAAGUGAACACAGAUGUGUGUGACAGCUGGGUGUUCGAAUGUGUUUCUAUUCUUUCAGGGAGCUUUUGUUGUGAGUGUACCACCGCCUUUACUGUCUCGCCCCGGGGCUCCUGAUCUCGACAGUAUUGCUGGGACUGCAGCACUGAACGUUUCGCUCUCCGCUCUCUGACGCUGGGACUCAUUUCAGCAUUUCAAUGCCAGCGAUGCUGACGUGGAGGGACCUGGGCUCUGUUAACUUCUGAAUGCUGCCAUACUACAAAAAACAAUAAGGUCAGCGAGUCUGAAAUGGAGACAUGGUGUCAAAAUCCACUGGGCACAGCCAUGAAUCACAUGCCAAUGUUUUCUUUCUAUUAGUUAAUGAAUUGUAACCACUACACCAUGAGGGAUGUGGCAGUCCUUUGAUCGCACUUGACUGGGACAGAAAACUGAGAGAAGAGCAAUAGAGCUGAAAACAAGAAGACCUGAGUGUAAAUAUACAAGUUGACACCGACUGUGCAGUAUAUUCUUUUGAAAUGGACCAUAAGAUUUUGUUAAAAGACUCAUCAUGAUAUCAACUCUUUCUUCUUUUUUUUUUUCAUUAUGCUUUGUACAUUUUUUUGCAUCUCUCUGCUCUGAUAAUGGUGCUGCUAAUUAUCCUCCUGAAGAGGUUGUGUGAGCUGCACUUUCUCUACUUCCUGACCGCCAGCCGCCAUGUUGGAAAACAACAGAAGCAUCUCUUCUUACCUCUACUGAGUGAGACCUUUUAAUGGGCCUCUGUGCCCCAGGGCGACGCCUCUUCCAACGUCCUGCGGGACAAUUUCUCGCGGUUUCUAAAAACUUUUUUUUGACUGUCCAACAUAUUAAUAAUAUAAUAGCUGACUUGAAAUUAUGUUACUGUUAACAGCUCUUCAGCAAAUGCUGGCCUACUGCUCUUACUGAGUAGUAUGUAUUCAUAUGUAUUGUUUUAUAGUAAUCCUCUUUGAGAUGAAAUACACCAUCUCUUUGUGUCUCCAAAAUAUUGUGGUAGAGACACUCUGGGAUACAAUAGGUAUUUGUGGAAGAAUAACUAACAAUAACUACAUAACUUUGUAAAAUAAGCAGCAAAAACAAGAUGUGCUGUCAAAUUUCAAAGUUUCUUUUUGAAAAAAGAAUAAUAUUCCAAAUUUUAUGCAGCAAGCUGAUAUUUUGGUUUAACCUUUUCCAGUGCACGGAAAGAAGGGAUGUACAGUGUGGUUUCUUCCAAUAUGGCGGAUCCUACUUCGUUUCCAUUAGUAACCACUUUCCAAAUGUGCCAUGACAGGCCUGUGUCACGCCCGAUGGGUCCUGCUGAUUUAUCCUGCAGGACGUCUUCUUGCGGUGUCGGCUGUGGUUUUACAUGCCAGUGAUGACAGCAGAGUCUUUCUUCUCUGGGCUCUCUUACAGAAAGUGUGGAAAAGAUGGAUUUUGAUUAUUUCCAGAGAUCGAAAACUUGUCAAAAUACCGAAAAGCUCCUUAAAUCGGGCUGUAAAACAUUGAAUCUGGAAUAUUCUGCCGAACUGCGCAUGGUGGAACUUCUCUGUGUUGUCCAUGAUUUGCUUUUUUUUUAUUUAAAGGAAAAAUCCAACCUAAAACAUAUUAUCACUGUUUUUAAAAAGCGGUUUUUGGGGAUGUACUUUUCAUUUCCGGGGUUCAUAUUUCUUUUAUCUCCAUGGUUGUGAAGUGGUGUCACAUCGUCAAGAUAUUUCUGAGGUUUAAAGGGCGUGGUUUCUCUCUGCACACACUGUUAGCUAAACCCCAACCCCCCUCAGUUCCUGUUACUGCACCUGUCAAACUUUGCCUUCUCACAAGGCACAUAUGCAGUGUACUAUAACGACAACUGUGAUAUUUUACUCUUUUUAGCUUCUCAAAAUGAUCACUAACCAAUAUGUCUGACAGACGUUACAAUCUCUGUUUCACCCCCAGGAAUCAGGACGAGGCCACUGAAGUUAGCUCAAACUCUGGUAGCAUCCAAGACCAGCUGUCAGACGCACUGGGAAAAUACUGCAACCCAUAACCCAGACUGUUAAGGAUGUGCUCCUUGGCACUGAAAGCAACACUUAGUUAUUACUGUAGGUUGUAAGCUAGUCAGUCAGACAUGCUAAAGUGUGCCACUUAAAAUGCAGAGUAUCACUGUCACCACAGCUUCUUACCCAUCAGUUCAACGUGUGGAGAAAUCCAAAGCUUGAACUGCCAUUAAGCUGAGGAAAGUGGGAGGGGUUUAGCAAACAGUCUGUUUGAUCAACAGCAAAACACAUAGACAUUCCUUCUCUGAGCCCUGUUGCAUAGCCUUCUGGGAAAUGUAGGAAGUUACUGAUUAAGGAAAGGUGGGUUCACCAAAAACACUUUAUGAUGGAAUAUCUGAGGUUGGAUUUUUCCUGAGUUGUUUAUAUCACUGCAACAAAACACUAGAAUGGCUUGGAUUGCACUGCGACCAUGUGUUGCCUUUUUUCGUUUUUAUUUUCACCUGCAUGAAGUUCAUAAUUCUCUCAGUGAUCAAAUGAAUGACACCCCCCCCAAAAAAAAAAAAAAACACUGCAGAAGCAAUAUGGUGACAAGCAGCAGGAGGCAUGUCGUCCAGCUUUUGUGGAUUUUGUUCGUGCCACUGUGGUGUGAAACCCUUCGCUGUUGAACACUGUGACCUUUGACCCUUUCACUCUGCCCUAUCUGCCUGUUGAUCGGCGCGUCAUGUCGACCACUGUGAACUAAACAAAACAACGUCUCGUUCUCCCUUGGCUUGAUCUUACAUGUGCCAAAAAUAACAAGGAAAGAGAGAAAAGGGUUUCUUUUAACAGAUGAAUCCUCUGCCUUUCACAGUGAAAAAAAAAAAAUCCACGUUUGUAUGUUUACUGUUAUUGCAUUUUUCUGGAAAACAAAAAAGGGUAAGAACACUAUGAUGUCUGGACCCAUUUCCCUGUGGAAAAUUAGACUUGACGCAACGAUGUUUGUCAGGAGCUGCAGGUGAAGCUGUUGUAGAAAUCUCACCUUCAUGGAUUUAUCGUUUUGUGUCUCAUGUUUUACUGUCUUCUUUAAUGUCUUUCAGAAUCAAACUGCUACCAAAUUUGCAAAUAUGAAUGUCUUUGGCAUCAAAACCUGCUAAUUUUAACCACGAACCAUUUUAUUCCAACCGAACUGUGUAUCUGAGGUGCCACUGAAAAAGAUGAUUGAAUUCUGCGAAGUAAACAAAGAAUGAUACCCACAACGGUCUUUAGGGACCAAACCAUUGUUGAUAAAGUGAGUACAAGUGGGUAACAGUGUCAUUAGGUUUUUAUCCUGCACACACCCCAUCAUGAAGACUCUGUGGUGUCUAAGAACUUUGUUAAUAUUGAUAAAUGAUUGAAUGUUACUGUAUAUGUUUCCUUCUUCCGGUGCUCAACAUUUUGAGAUAUUUCUUAUUACCUUUUGACACAAGUUUCAGGAAUUAAAACCACUUGAAAAUCACUUUAUCUGUGUUGAAACCGCAACAGACAAAACUCAUUUCAUUCUAAAUUAAAUAAAAAAGCUCAGUAAUUUCUUUGAACACAUGUUCACUUUUCCAAAUAUUCCUUGAAUGCAGCCUCAGUUUGGCAGAAACAAAAAUGUUCAUGUUAUCAGGACUUUAAUUAUA